AUGGGUUGCAACCUCUGCCCACAGGAAGUCUUUACCGCUUUUCCUACCGCUAUUUUUAAUGAGAAUGCUCGAAUUCCAAUGCUUUCUGGUGACAAUUAUGCUGAAUGGAAGGAGAAAGUCCUUCUCACUUUAGGGUGCUCGGAUCUAGACCUGGCACUCCGUGUGGAUGAACCACCUAUUCUCACGGAAUCAAGUAUGCCAGCUGCUAAGGCUAAUUAUGAGCAGUGGGAGCGAUCUAAUCGCUUAAGUUUAAUGCUCAUAAAAGCUCACAUAAGCCAAAGCAUUAGGGGUUCUAUCCCUAAUAGCGAUAAGGUCAAAGCUUACAUGAAGGCAAUUGAUGAACAAUUCAUAAGCUCUGACAAGGUAUUGGCCAGCACCCUUAUGAAGAGGCUCUCAAGUAUGACUUUCAACAAAAGUCGUAUAGUGCGUGAGCACAUUAUGGAGAUGAGAGACAUUGCUGCUAAAACUCAAGUCCCUCGAGGUUGA